UCUUCUUCCUCUUCCACUUUCUCUCUCUCUCUCUCUCUCUCUCUCUGCAAUUUUUCAAUUCCUCCAUUCUCAUUUCUCUCUCUCAACUCAUCAUCUUCCUUCAUCAUCUUCAUUUCUUACAUUCUUCUUUUACUUCUCCAACUCUCACUCUCCGCCGUCGGCGACAGUUUUUUCCUUUUUCACGAUGAUGCUCCAGAGUUCUAGUAUUGUGAGAUUAUUGGAACGGAGUACAAGAAUUGAGCUUUUGGCUUUAUAAAUGAAUGUAUGUGACUCUUUGCUGUGAUUACAAAUUGGGUUUUGUUAUUGUGAUUGAUGGCUUCCACUAACUCACCGCCCAACAUUGAUUCUUCGACGUUGACGGAGGAUUUAGCGACCAAAGCUUUGAAUAAACGGUAUGAAUGCCUUGUAACUGUUCGAACAAAGGCUAUUAAAGGGAAAGGGGCUUGGUAUUGGGCUCAUUUAGAGCCUGUUCUUAUACGGAAUCCAACCAAUAGUCUUCCCAAAGCGGUGAAGCUGAAGUGUUCGUUGUGUGAUUCUGUUUUUUCGGCUUCGAAUCCGUCAAGGACUGCAUCUGAGCAUUUGAAACGAGGGACAUGUCCUAAUUUGAGUUCAAUUUCUCGGUCUAAUGCUUCGGCUGCAUCGCCGUUGCCGAUAUCGUCUAUUCCUUCUCCGACAUUGCACAACCACAAGAAACGAAGCUCUCAAAUGAAUGCUCCAAUUCUUACUGCUUCUUAUCAAGUUCAUUCUCUUGCCAUGAUUGAGCCAACGCGUUCGUAUGCUCCGUUAAUUUCCUCUCCGCCGACACCAGUGGCUCAAAAUUCGGUUGGGAUGGGGAGUAAGAUGGGGUUUAAUCAGCAUCAGUUGGUGUUAUCAGGUGGGAAAGAUGAUUUGGGUGCGUUAGAAAUGCUGGAAAACAGUGUCAAGAAACUCAAGAGUCCACAUGCUUCACCUGGGCCAAGGCUAAGUAAGGAACAAAUCGAUUCUGCUAUUGAAUUACUGACUGACUGGUUUAUUGAGUCAUGUGGGUCAGUUUCACUUUCAUGCUUUGAUCACCCCAAGUUUAAGGCCUUGCUUAGUCAAUUGGGUUUGCCUUCAUUACCUAAAACCGACAUUUUAGGAGCUCGGCUUGACUCCAAGUUUGAAGAGGCCAAGGCUGAUUCAGAAGCCAGGAUUAGAGAUGCAGCGUUUUUUCAAAUUGCUUCAGAUGGGUGGAAGAAUAAGAACUGCUGUGAUGAAGAGAGUGUUGUUAAAUUUAUGGUCAAUCUACCAAAUGGUACUACUGUAUUUCAAAAAGCACUAUUUACAGGGGGAUUGGUGUCAUCCAAGUAUGCAGAAGAGGUUAUUUUGGAUACGGUCAACGAGAUUUGUGGAAGUGGUUUGCAGAAAUGUGUAGGGAUAAUUGCAGAUAGGUAUAAGGCCAAGGCGUUGAGGAAUUUAGAGAUAAAGAAUCAUUGGAUGGUAAAUCUCUCUUGCCAGCUUCAGGGUUUUAUUAGUUUGAUAAAGGAUUUUAACAAAGAGCUUCCACUUUUCAGGGCAGUCACUGAAAAUUGCUUGAAGGUUGCAAAUUUUGUAAACACCAAAUCUCAAGUUAGAAACUGUAUAAACAAGUACAAGGUGCAGGAGCUAGAGGGUCAUUGGUUGCUUCAUGUUCCUUCUCCAAACUGUGACACAUCCAAAAACUUUUCACCUGUUUAUUCUAUGCUUGACGAUAUGCUUAACUGCGGUCAUGUGCUUCAAAUGGUUGUGUUAGACGAGUCCUAUAAGGUGGCAUGCAUGGAGGAUUCACUUGCUACUGAGGUUUCUAGUUUGAUACAAAAUGAACGCUUUUGGGAUGAAUUGGAGGCAGUUCAUUCAUUUGUGAAGAUGAUCUGCGUGAUGGCUCAAGAGAUUGAAGCAGAACGGCCACUGAUUGGACAAUGCUUGCCACUCUGGGAGGAGCUUAGAACAAAAGUGAAGGAAUGGUGUGUUAAGUUCAGCAUAGCUGAAGGGCCAGUGGAAAAAAUUGUGGAAAAGAGGUUUAGAAAAAAUUAUCAUCCAGCAUGGUCAACUGCAUUUAUACUAGACCCGCUUUACUUGAGGAGGGACAUGAAUGGGAAGUAUCUUCCACCCUUCAAGUGCCUUUCACAAGAGCAGGAAAAGGAUGUGGAUUCACUUAUCAAUCGGUUAGUGUCAAGGGAAGAAGCUCAUCUUGCAUUCAUGGAGCUUAUGAAAUGGAGAUCUGAAGGGUUAGAUCCACUUUAUGCUCAGGCUGUUCAGGUUAAACAAAGAGACCCUUUAACUGGAAAGAUGAAAAUUGCCAACCCACAGAGUAGGCGACUUGUCUGGGAAACCUGCUUAAGCGAGUUUAAGACCCUUGGUAAGGUUGCACUGAGGCUCAUAUUCCUCCACUCAACAUCUUGUGGCUUUAAGUGUAAAUGUUCUAUCAUGAAUUUGGUUUGCUCGCAUCGGCACUCGAGGGUCGGCUUGGAGAGAGCUCAGAAGAUGGUAUUUGUUGCAGCUCAUGCCAAGCUUGAAAGAGGAGACUUUUCUAACGAGGAAGACAAAGAUGCAGAACUAUUUGCAAUGGCAGAUGGUGAAAAUGACAUGCUCAAUGAGGUCUUUUCUGAUGCACCCUCAAUGAAUGGUUAUGAAUUCCUAGGCUUGCAGAACAGAGGGCAUAAAAAGUAAAGUGCUGGAUGUGUUUGAUCAAACCGAACCAGAGCUGUCAGGAGUCAACCUCGGACUAGGUACCAUAUCUUUGCAGCUGAAGAUGCACUUGGCUGAUAGAAUCCCAGAUAUAUCUCCUGUUCUGCCUACUUAUGUCACUUUUUGAGCCCCACUGUUUGGAGUGGAUGUCUAUCUCAAUGCUGUUGUAGAUGUCAUAGUCAAAGAAAAGACAUUUACAAGAUUUAUUGGUUAGCAUUGGCAUGAUUGCUAAAAAAGUCUUGAGCAAAGGGCAAGCAAGAAGGGCUGUCGGCAUGAGUAUGCACAUAACAAGGUCGAAAGGGAUGUAGCAACGAACUUGAAUUGAUGUUGCAUGUAUGGCUCAGAAAACAACUUUGACAACACAAAGCAGGUUGAAAUGGAGGAGGUUCUAGAUCUCAAAGGAGCCAUUAUUCUAAAUUUGCCAAGUUACCUUUUAAUGAUGGUAAGAAUAAAAGCUGAACUUUUUAAUGGUUUAUCUGGUCCUACCUUUCUCAUAAUUGUGUAUUGAGCAUCCUCUGGCUAUCUCUUCCUCGCUAAAAAAAAAAAGUUAGAUUCCAUUUACCAUUUAGGUGUGCUGAGUCUUGGUUUAACCCAUAGUCACUGUUAGUAUUGGAAAUGAUGUCAUAAGCUAGCUUGUCGGUUUGGCCAAGUUGUAUGCCAUUGGCAUCCUAAUCUGGUACACCUGAAAGUGUUCUUUCUCCCCACAUUCACAAAAUCAAUGCUUAAAAAGAAUAUAAAAGUAGAUGUAGUCUUUUAGUUUUUGAAAACAGUAACUACAUUUUGUUGCAAUUGAUGCAUCAGAUGGGGCAGUAAUGAAAGGUUCAAAGCUGAGAGAGGAUUAGAUGAGAAAAAUGUAAAAAACUUGGAAAUAUUUGUUUGUACAUUUGUAGAUAUGAUGUAUUAUUAGGUCUUCAUUGCUCUUAAUUACAAUAAAUUUUCUUCAACGUUUACCAAUGAGAGAAAGAUUGUCCUAGCAGGUCUUCUUCUUCCAUUAAAGAAUAAACCAAAAAAAAAACACAUUGCUCCCCUCAUUUCUAGGGAUAUCAAUAAAGUUCAUUGACCCACAUUCACUCUCUUUUCUUUUAAUUAUGGGUCUCAGGAUUUACCUUCAUUACACACGCACUCCACUACAAAUUGACUUACCAUCGAAUAGAUUGGGGUGUGAAAAACGAUAUCAAAUGGUAGGCUGCUUUGGCCUAUUUUGGAAAUAUACCAAUCAAAUCUAAAAUAUUUACAGAUAUAGCACAAUGCAAAGAAUUUGUAGUUUUAGUAAAAUAUUGAUCUAGCUCUUAAAGCCUAACAGUGAUAAAUCAUUAUCGUUGGUAGAAGUCUAUCCGUGAUAGAAUCCAUCACCGAUGAUUAUUUUUGUAAUUCUUAAAAAAUGUUAUUAUAAACUUAAUUACUAUUCUGUCCAUUGCAAUUAUCCUUUUAAAGUAGAAUGUGUUAAUACAAGUGAUGGUUGGAUUUACACCCUGCCAUUGUUGUAAGUGAUGAAGUCUUAAAUUUACAAUGACUUGGCUUUGGGAUUCAACGAUGGUGGAAUGUAUGUGGAUUUUGUCGGCAAUGUCAGACAAUGGUGACUGCUCACCAACUAGAGAAGAAAGCUUUAUUAUAAUUAUUAUUGUUAUUGUUA